AUGGAAGCGACAGGAUCACUCGGAGCAAAACUUUCGAUGGAAUUGUCAAAACUGGAUGAAGAACUAGAAAGGAUCGAAGGAGAUAUAUGUUCGUUGAGAAAGCGGAAGCGUACUUUAUUGGAAAGGAAAGCACAGAUCGAAAAGCGUAUAGUUGAGCGAAAUGUGGAGAAUGAAAGUUCAUUUAGAAUUUGGGAUUCAGAUGAAUUUCAGUGGAUGAAGGACUGUCGUCGUAUAUUACACGACAUUUUUAAACUCAGUGAUUUUCGCCCUUUACAAAGAGCUGUUAUCAAUGCAGUAUUGUCGAGGGAGGAUUGUUUGGUGGUGAUGAGCACUGGAAGCGGGAAAAGUCUUUGCUAUCAGUUACCUGCUGUUGUUAUGAAAGGUAUCGUAUUGGUUAUAUCACCUCUGGUAGCUCUCAUUGAAGAUCAGUUGCACCAAUUAAGAAAACUGGGCAUUGAUGCAGCAACACUCAAUCAGUCCACUGCGAAACAAGAGGUAAAUCGAAUACAAACAGCACUUACCGAUUCAAAGGCAUCGCUACGCUUGCUUUAUGUCACGCCCGAAAAAUUAGCAAAAAGUAAGAGGAUUAUGAAUCGUUUGGAAAAAUGUAACGAAAUGAAACGAUUAAAAUUGAUUGCGGUUGAUGAAGUACACUGCUGUUCGCAGUGGGGACAUGAUUUUCGGCCAGAUUUUAAAUUUCUUAAUGUUUUGAAACGUCAAUUUCAAGCUGUACCGCUGAUUGGACUAACUGCAACCGCUACUGCUGAUGUUAUUGACGAUGUGAAAAACAUGCUAGGGAUUCCAGCUGCUGUGGUAUUUCGCGCUGGUUUCAAUCGGCCAAAUUUGCAUUACAGUGUAUGUCAGAAGCCAUCAUCAGAUGCUGAAUUCGUGGAUAUUUUGGUGGAGCUAAUUAAUACCCGGUUUGCAGGACUGAGUGGAAUUAUUUAUUGCUUUUCGCGUAAAGAAUGUGAGGAACUUACAAAAUUAUUACGUGCAAAAGGUGUAAAAGCGUCACAUUAUCAUGCCUUUUUGGAUGCUGAUAAAAGGAACAUUACACAUGAAAAAUGGUUAAAUGGCGGGAUUAAUGUUAUUGUAGCGACGGUAGCUUUUGGUAUGGGGAUUGAUAAGCCUAAUGUUCGUUACGUUAUACAUCAUUCAUUACCAAAAUCGCUGGAGAGCUACUACCAAGAAAGUGGACGCGUCGGACGAGAUGGUAAUGAAGCUUACUGUAUCUUGUUUUAUCGUUUAAAUGAUCUAUUUCGGCAAAGUACAAUGGUUUGUACGGAAAAGACUGGUGUGCGGAAUUUAUAUUCUGUGUUGUCUUAUUGUAUUGAGGCUUCGGAAUGUCGGCGGUCAGUUAUAGCCGAGCAUUUCAAUGUGGAGUGGAAUGCAUCAUUAUGUUCCAAAAUGUGUGAUAUAUGUGCUCAAACUAAUGCUAUUGAAUGUAUAGAUGUGACCAAUUAUUGGCGACAGAUGCUAGAGGUCCUAAAUGCUCAAAAAACAGAUAAUAAUCGUAUAACGGGCAUGAAGCUAGUAGAGUUAACUUGGAAGAAAGUUAGCUCGGUAAGUAGAGAAAUGAUCGAACUUUUGGUUGCAAAAUUGAUCCUUGAUGGAUAUCUUAAAGAAGAUUUCCACUUCACACCAUAUUCAAUCAUUAGCUAUGUUGUACCAGACGAAAAGAGCAUUGCAAUGGAGAACAGAUCGGAUCACCGAAUUACCUUCUCCAUUCCUUCAAAAUUGAUUUGCAAUGGGAAAACAGUAAAAUUUUCACGCAAGAGGCCAUUAAUUAUUGAUGAUGAUGAAGAUGACGUUGUUAUGCUUAGUAUCGAUAUGCGGUACACACAUGCUAUCGUUGUUCGCAUCCCAAGCAAAGUAAAAAUGGAAAAGAGAAUAAGAAUUGAUUUGGAUUUAGCUGCGAAGCAAAUGGAGGAGCUUUGCGAGACGCUUAGAGAAGCUGGUGUUGAUAUCAUUGAACUUUCAGCUGAAGAGCGUUGUAUUCAGCAAAGUUUGUUUACUGGCGAUGCUGCCAUUUGUAUCAAUGGUACUGCCUUGAUCACUCGUCCAAGGAAAAAUGGAAAUCGCUUACUUGAGAUUAGCAACUUGCUUAAUCAACUUGCCUGGCAGGUUGUAGAAACACCACAAGCUUCCGAACAUAAUAGAGAAAUUGUGCUCGAGGGCAGUGAUGUGCUAUACACUGGUAAAGAGGUGUUUGUUGGCAUACGAAAGAAUGGUACCAACAUGGAAGGAGCAUUGAUUGUUGCACGAACAUUUUCUGACUUAGCUGUAAUACCAAUUACACUUCCCGGAAAUCAGCCUUUAAGACACUACGUUUCACUCAUUUCAGCAGAUGUCCUUGCAGUAGGCAGUUCUAAAGAAGCGAAACAAGUUAUACAACGAAUGGAACGUGAAGCAACCUUCCGCUACAAAACUUUCACAGUGAAGCAUGAUGAAGCUGUGAAUUGUUUAAAUGUUAAUGAUUACGUUAUUUACCGAGAAGACACUCCAGAAACGAAGUUUCAAAUUCUUCACGAGUCGCUUCAAAUGGCUGGAAUAACGGCAAAUGAAUUGGACAUGGCAUAUAAGGAAUCUGAAAAAUAUGGUUUGGUGUCAAAGGAGAAGACCCAAGCUGGGUGA